AUGUUAAAUCAGAGAAUCCAACCGGGCAUGCUCUUACUCCUGAUGUUUCUCUGCCACUUCAUGGAAGAUCACACAGCGCAGGCUGGGAAUUGCUGGCUCCGCCAGGCGCGCAACGGCCGCUGCCAGGUCCUCUACAAAACCGACCUCACCAAGGAGGAGUGCUGCAAGACCGGACGCCUGACAACUUCGUGGACGGAAGAGGACGUCAACGACAACACGCUUUUUAAGUGGAUGAUUUUUAAUGGGGGAGCCCCAAACUGCAUCCCGUGCAAAGAAACAUGUGAGAACGUGGACUGUGGACCAGGGAAGAAAUGUAAAAUGAACAAGAAGAACAAACCUCGGUGUGUUUGUGCUCCGGAUUGCUCUAAUAUCACUUGGAAGGGCCCCGUGUGUGGCUUAGAUGGGAAAACCUACAGGAACGAGUGUGCCCUUCUGAAAGCCAGAUGUAAAGAACAACCGGAACUUGAAGUCCAGUAUCAGGGCAAAUGCAAAAAGACCUGUAGGGAUGUUUUGUGCCCAGGCAGCUCCACAUGUGUGGUUGACCAAACUAAUAAUGCCUACUGCGUGACAUGUAAUCGAAUUUGCCCAGAGCCUACCUCCCCUGAACAGUAUCUCUGUGGGAAUGAUGGCAUAACUUACGCCAGUGCCUGCCACCUGAGGAAAGCUACCUGCCUACUGGGCAGAUCCAUUGGAUUAGCCUACGAAGGAAAAUGCAUCAAAGCCAAAUCCUGUGAAGACAUUCAGUGCACUGCUGGGAAGAAAUGCUUGUGGGAUUUUAAGGUUGGCAGAGGUCGGUGUGCCCUCUGCGAUGAGCUGUGCCCUGAAAGCAAGUCAGACGAGGCCGUCUGUGCCAGCGACAACACAACUUAUCCAAGCGAGUGUGCCAUGAAAGAGGCAGCCUGUUCCAUGGGUGUGCUUCUAGAAGUAAAGCACUCUGGAUCUUGCAACUCCAUUAAUGAAGACCCAGAGGAUGAAGAGGAAGAUGAAGACCAGGACUACAGCUUUCCUAUAUCUUCCAUUCUAGAGUGGUAAAAACCUCCAUCACUAUUGGAACAGCCAUUGGGCAGGAAAUCAGUGUCCAUACUGUAAAUAAGUGUAUGCUUAUUUAUUUUGGGGAGAAAAAAAAAGUAUACAUAUAGUUGAGUCUCGUAGACAUUAUUUAUACUGUGUCAUGUUUUAUAAUUUAUACAUAAAAUGUCUGGUUGACUGUACACCUUGUUUUUUGAAGAAAUUUAUUCGUUACGGGAAGAGCAGUGUUAUUUAUUGUGAGAUCUCUUGCUUGUAAAGUAAAGUUUUUCUUUUUUUCUUGUAAACUAUGAAAGUCCAUUCCUUAGAGCUUAUCCACAUGAUUUCAUCUCUUUGUUUCACUGAUGUUAAUUCUUUUCCACUUUAACGAACUUGCAUGUUGGUUUCUGUUAUGUUUAUUUAUUGGAUUUUCUUCUUGCCAGUUCUGUACAUAAAAGAUCCCUCGGGUUUUUGUUUACAAGGAAUCUUGACUGACCAAAAGGCGUUGUAACUGACUUAAGUAUACUUCCGGGGUACAGUGAGGCAAUCUUUAAGGAAACUGGUUCCAAUUCAAUUUUAUGUACUUCUAAUCACUUCAUGUACUGGAUUGAUCUCAAUGUGCUGAGCGUAUAUACUGUACCAUGCAAAUUCUGGACCCAAAGAAAUAGAUUAUGAAGGUUGUUAAUAGGGCUAACUGUAAUAAGAAUAAAGGUUUUAUUUUAUUUCUGUUGUUCUAAUUCUUUUGUAACAUGCAUAAAUGUUUUAUCAGGUGUUUCCUUUAAGAUGGUCUUGCAGCGCCACUUUCAGAGUUUUAUUUUCCCAGUCAGU